AAAAUCACAUUGGCAAACAGCUGAUCUAGUUGCAGGUUGGUGCCGGCAAAUUAAUUAAAUCCUUUAACUAAAUAUUUAAAACAAAACUUCGACUAUUAUGAAUGAUAUAAAACGCUUAAAGGAUCAACAGCGCGACAAACAUCCUGGCUUUGAUGCCUAUUUGGAUUGCAUGACCCGUUCCCUGUUUACGGGUUUGGCUGCUUUUUGUUUGGGUUUUUCUGGUACUUAUUUUGGACAGAAGAUAGUGCAAACCAAAAUUCGCUAUCCCGUCAAAUACAAUAUACUAUUAUCAUCGCUGGUAGCCACUGGAGUGUCGUAUCAAACGACAUCAACGAGAACCAAAUCCUGUCAAGCGGCUUGGAUGGCCUUUGAGGACAAACAUACAGUUCUUAAAGAGGACACAUAUUAA